CCAAUUACGUUUUCACCAUGGCACCACUGAGGUGUGUAACUAUAUUAUUGGGACUUGUACUUUAUAUUGAGGCGCAGACAAAUACAACGGAUUUAAAUAGGCCCGUGAGCAGCAACGACACUGAGCGGCCCGCGCCUCAUUACGUGCUACCAGCGCUUCGUCGAGCGGUGCUUAUUCUGCAAACUGACAACAACACGUCCCUAAGAUCUUCAGAUUAUAACUCUCUAAAAUAUAUAGAAUACGACGACGAUGGCGCCUUGUUGAAUGAAGUUUUUAUGUAUAACUUAAAAGACGUCGCCAAUUUCUUCGAAGUAUAUCUCGGCACUAGAAUAUGUUAUAAUGUUUGCAACAGUUAAUAAAUAAUCAUUCUGU